CUCAUAAAACCACUUACCCUUUUGUUUCAGGUAUCCAUUCUCAUCCACUAUCUUAGAGACUCCAAUGGAGGAUCCGUUUAGCAAUUUGCCAGAUGAAAUUCUAAGCUGCAUAGUUUCUUUUCUGCCACUAGAAACCAGCCUCAUAUCUACUAGGUGGAGAGACCUGUGGAACCAAGCCCUUGUUAGACAUGGAAGCACACAAGACGACGUAGCUAGUGUUGUUGCUGGUUUUCUGUCUCGUUUUGAAGAGCUUGAUCCAUUAAAACAUCCUCGCAAACUUCAUUUUCACUUUUCUGAUCAAGACACUGCACUCUUUGCAUCCAUUGCAACCAACAGUAAGCUUCUUCUUGAUUUCCCUGCUGGGAUCAAAGACCUCAAAAAGCAGUAUGAGCUCAAGUUUAUACUCAACAAGCAUCACAUCACACACAACACUGUCCCCCCCACUUUCUUAGUCAAAACUCUUUAUUUGAAAUCAGUGAGUCAUUUGACUAGUGAGUUGAUUUCCUCCAUCGUUUCAAAUUUAGAGCAUCUUGAGAAGUUGGUGAUUGUUGAGUGCACCGGGUUGCAAUCUUUGUUCAUUGAGUCUGAAUCAAAGCUUCACGAGUUAACCAUAUUAGAUUGCCCCCAGUUGAAGUCUCUCCAUCUUAGAACUUCUAAGCUUAAAAGUUUCAGACUUGAUGGACCUCUUCCAACGAUUUGGCCAGAAUCCCAUUUCAACCUUAGCCAUGCCAUGCUUAAUUUCAGACUUGGACCAAGCUGUGCUGACUUCAAGGCUCAAUAUUUCAACCAAACACUGUUGACAAUAAAGAAUUGUGAAGCUCUCACUUUAUGUGAGUGGACUUUUCAGGAAUUGAUAUGGCCAUCGAUUUCUCCAAGUGGGAACUUUAUAUUCUAUAAAAUAAGAGAGCUAUGGUGGAUUCACAACCAUAGGGGUGAAAAUAGCAUGGACACCUUAGUCUCCUUUUUGAAAUUAUGUCCUGCCUUGGAGCAACUUUUUGUGACGAAUGAUUCUACAAGUUAUUCGGCUCCACGGUCCAAUUCAUAUUGUUUAACGCAAGAAACUAAAUAUAGUACAAAAUUGGAGCAUCUAAAACGGAUAAAGUUUAUGGGAUUUACAAAUCGAGUGGAUGAAAUCUCAGUGGCAAAGAAAUUGAUUGAAUUAGUCAAGGGAGAGCCUCCAAAGAUAGAGACAUCGGAUGAGAGUUGCUUGAAUGUAGUGAUCGUGCAGUGAUUUUUUUUUUAUGUAGAAAGGAAAAUUAUAUGAACAAGUCAUUUCCCAUGCUCUUUCAGGCUGGGGCUGGCAUAGCGUUAUAAUUCAGAAGAGAUAAAAUAUGUCACUUUUGGAGCCUUUGUUUCUAUAUAUCCUUUUCUGCAAUGUAAUCUUGUAGGGGACAGCACAUCUUUAAAUAUGGUAUGAUUCAUUUUACGGCAAAGAGUGAUUUUGAUUGAA